GAAGAAAAGAGGGCACUCUCCCAAGGGACCAAGAACGGGGAGUUGCCGGAUAUAGCAAUUCGAUCUGUCUUCUCUUUUUAUGAAAUACCCUAAUUUUGGUUGAAUUUUCCGUCCUUAGCCUCCAAUCGGAAUCCGAAUCGAUUGCACGCAUCCCGUUUAUAUAUGGACACUUCCUUCUCUGUCUUUGCUUUUGCCUUCCCUCUCUCCUCUAUGUGUGUAUAUAUAGAAAAAAGAACCCAUCGUCACCGAAAAGAAAACCGUAUUCAUAUCAUUUCUUUGUUGUUCUUUUUUUUAUUUUCUUCUUUGUUGUUCUUGAUCAGAAGAAGAAGAUGGGGAGAGGGAAGACUGAGAUCAAGAGGAUAGACAACGUGAACAGCCGUCUAGUGAGGUUCUCCAAGAGGCGAAACGGGCUGAUGAAGAAGGCGAGAGAGCUUUCCAUUCUCUGCGAUGCAGAGGUUGCGGUUAUCGUCUUCUCCAGCACCGGCAAGGUUUACGAUUUCUCCAGUAGCAGUAUGCAUCAAACUCUUUCCAGAUAUGGCUACAGCUCUGUAUCUUCCGACCAUUGGGAACAACCUCAACUCCUUCAGCAUCAGCAACCGCACCCCAGUCUCUUCCAAGAUAUUGACGCAUCGCAGGAAGAUAGUGAUUCUCUGAAGAGCGAGCUCGAGAGAUUGCACCUCUCAUAUGAGAGAAUGAAUGGGAGGGAACUGGAUGGAUUGAGCUUUCAGGAGCUGCUGUCUCUUGAGAACCAGUUGAAUGAAGCCUUGUUGAAUAUCAAGGAUCGGAAGACACAGGUUCUGCUCAAUCAGAUUGAAAGAUCGCGGUUACAGGAGAAAAAAGCCCUCGAAGAAAACGAGAGGCUACGCAAACAGUUGGAGAUGUUCGAGGGAAGUUCAGAACCAUUGGAGUUAACCGCAGUGAACACGGAAUUACAUAUACUGGCUUCAUUUCCUCUUCUGGGUAGGGGAAUGGAAGGCAAGAGCUCUUCAUUGGAUGACGAUAAUGACAGCGACGAUCACCAUUCCGACACUACCUUGCAAUUGGGGUUGCCUUCGGAAUAUAAUCGGAAGAAAAAGAUCCCUAAGAUCGAACCUGCCUGCGACUCCUCCGGUAGCCAAGUUUGCCUCUGAGGAUUGAUCUUUUUUCCCUCUCUCUCUCACUCUCUCUCUCUCCCUCUCUCUCUCUCUCUCUCUCUCUCUCUCUCUCUCUCUCUCUCUCUCUCUGUUGUUAGGAUUUUCUGCGGCCUUCUUGUAAUGGUUGCUGAUUUUGCAAGCAUGGGGAGAUCUGUCUCUAGUUUUGGACAAAAUCUCAAUCCAAAAAAGAAAAAAGAGGAAGAAUCAAAUGUAGUAUCCGUUUCACGCUUUUAGAACA